UCUGCCAACGUGUCUGUAGUUCCGGCGCAUUUUGGAUGACGCUGCUGCCUCUGGUGGUUGGGGAGCGGGAGCGGGGUGAAGCCGGGGCCGGGACCGGGAUGAGGAGCGGGGCCGGGGCCGGGACCGGGACCGGGACCGGGAUGGGGAUGGGGAUGGACUACACGGUGCACGAGGCCUGGAACGAUGCCACCAACGUUUACCUAAUCGCCGUGUUGCUCAGUGUCGGGCUGCUGCUGUACGCCAGGAGAAAUAAAAGGAAGAUCAUGAGAAUAUUCACUGUCCCUCCUACUGGUAAUAUGACUCCUGAGCCCAACUUUUAUGACAGCCUACAAACGGUUCGCUUACGCCAGCAACUGGAUAUGUACUCGAUUGCACGUAAGUAUGAGCAACAGCAAGGGCAGUUGGACAGCGUACAGCUUACAGUUGAGUGAUACCUGCACUGCAUUCUUGAUAGAAAUAGAAGAUUAUGUGGGACAGCCAUACAAACUAGAAAACUCGGUAAAAAGAACACUACUGGAAAAUCUGAAAUCAGUGGAGAAAUGCAGGGAAUUGGACCUUUACCAUUGUCACUCCUACAGGACGAAGGAACAAGAGACACUGUGAUUACUUUCCACCUCACUAAAAAAUACUUUACCCAUCCUACAUGUAUAGCAGCGAGCAAUCUGUUUUUCUUAAAUCAUGUUAAUUAUAGAAAUUUUCUCCUGACAAAUAUGGAAAAGGAAACCAAGAUCUCCAGUACCCUUGUAUUGAUACUUUUAUGCAGAGUGACUGCUUCCUUAAUCUGGUAUGAUGCCUGUCCCAAAGAUGUACUAUCAGAUUACCGAGAAUAUGGUUUUUUGAGGAUUGAUGUUGGUAUGAUGGACUGGAUUGUCCUCAAUUAAGAAUAAACUCAAGCAGUUCCAGCAUAAACCACGUGUGGAGUUUGGUUUGAAGUAAACAAAAGUGUAUUGUCCAAAAUAAAGUACAGCUUUGUUCUACCUUAAUAUUUUGACACAUCUUACUACUAGGUGUAAAAUCUUAGUUCACCUCAAAAAUUUGGAGUUAUAUGCCUUACAAAAGGAGAAAUAAUGUUCAUUGAAUGUUUUAAAAAUGGAAAUGUAUUGAAUAAUGCUCAGAUAAUUUUUCUAUUUUCCCUUUUUGAUUAAUAUUCCUGCUAUUGAUAUAUCAAUGGACAUUUGUGGAUUUGAAUGUCAUUUUGGGAUUAACUCUGGAACCAUUGACGUUCAACUCUCUCCAGUUUUCCAUACUUUUCAGCAGGGGUUGCUGGGUAUUGAGCAAGGAUGAGAAAUCAAGACUGUCCUUGCUGUACCUGAAAAGCAUUGUAUUAACUGCCAAAUGUUAAUUAAUUCAGGACAUGCCAGAUUUUGAACUAAGGAUUUUCUGGUCUGUUUGCUAUUCAGUGUGUGCAUCAUGGGGCAGGCAGUCUUUUUAUAUUCAGCUUCAUUAAUUUUUCAGCUACCAAAUACACACUGGAGUAGUUUUGCUGAUAUGUGUUGCUGAAUGGUGACUUGGUAUUGUUCAUGAUGUAUCUUGGGUGCCCUCUAAAAGCAAAUGGACAGUGGCAAUCUACUCUAUCUCCUCAUCCACAAAUUACAUUUGAGUCAAUGUUAAUUAGAUUGGGUGAAAUUUUAUGCUUGUAAAUAUCUGAAAAUGUGGUUGUCAAUAAACUAUUUCAAAUGC